AUGUGGGAACUGCAGGACGUGCUGACCUUCGACAUGUCUGCUGACGGCAUGAACGACAUCCGGGCACGGCGCCUGCUGCAGCAGAUCGACGCCCAGGUGCUGCUGGUAUACUGCUCCCAUGAGGAGGCCCAGUACCUGUUCAGUAUGGCCAGAGAGGCCGGCCUGCUGGGGCCUGGCUACAUCUGGAUCCUCCCCAGCCUUGCCGUGGGGAACCCAGACAUGCCCCCACCAAACAGCUUCCCUGUGGGCCUCAUCAGCAUCAUCACUGACCGCUGGCGGAUGAGCCUGAGGAAGAGGGUGCGGGACGGGGUGGCCAUCGUGGUCAAAGGGGUGCAGAGCUUCCGCAAACAGAGGGGCUUCAUCCCCGAGGGCCAUAACGACUGCCACAGCCCUGUUAGGGCAUCUUCUAAUGAUACACUAUUCAGGUGUGUGGAGGUGGGGGGGAUGGAAGGGGGGCAUACUGACAUACUGUAGGUUCAAGAUUGUUCAUUGCAAUAAGAAAAGCCAACCAAAAUGGAGAGAUUAAGUGAUAACUGUAGCAGAUAGAGAAGGACUGACUUGAAACAGAGAGAGAGAGUUGGCAACAUCAGUCAACAGUUGCUCAACAGUCAUUUAGCUGUGGCUUUCCAUCUGCUUAAUGUUGUGGUGGCGGGUAACAUGGUAGUCUCCAUGUUACUCCCUUAACCCCUGCCUGCCAACUCAUCCAUCCUACCUCUGUCCCAUCACCUCACUGUUGGAAGCACUGGCAUCACAGAGAGAUGAUGUGUCCUGUCAUACUAGCCCAGCCCAAAAGAGCAAUCUGGUGCCAUCUGUGCCAGGGAACAUGGAGCAAAUCCUAUUUGGUUCGAGAACAUUUUUAAUCAGCCAAAGGGAGGCUCGGCUUCUGUAGGGAAAACAGAUUCAGCGUCAGCAUUUGAGACUGGACUGGGAGGAUUGGGGAGUUUCCAGGCAGGGUACAGGGGGGUAUUCUUUAUUAAUUUUUGCAGACCAGGAUCGUAAUAUGAAAUCUGACACAGUUCAGUGGUAUUAAAACAUCACUUUCUCCUCAGAAGUAAUUUUCUAUUUUCUGAAAGUGGCUAGCCUGAGGGAAAGAUAACUUCUCUUUUUGUAAAUCGAAAUCCUUCAUGAAAAAGGAGAAACGUCUGGGCAGCUGUAUUUCAGCCUUUGAUUUGAGUCAUACUGCUGUUCCAACCCCUACUAUUUCCACUUUAAAGGCAAAAAUGUCCUGAGUCGAAUAGCAAUGACCAAAGAGUUGGUAAUAUGAGGGUCCGGCAGGCCUGCUACAGCACUCUCCGUCUGCUCACCACUCUUUUAUUUCCCUCCCUGGCACAACGUUGUUCUUUCUCACAGACCCUAUUCAAAGGGAGACACUUCAAACGGUGCAGUGCCUCGCUCUCUCCUCGGCGGUCAAUAGAUUCAACACCUCAUUUAAUUAGGUCUUUUUUUAAUGAGCUUUUGAUUAUAAAUCACUCCACCUGUUAAUAAGAUUAUCACAGAUUACCAGAUUAAACAAGCCUUUCACAUGGACUAGACAGAGGGCCCGUUCAUUACCCAGCAUGCUUUCAUCACCUCUGCUGGACUGAGAGAGAGAGCAGCCUCGCAGGGCGUGAUGACAGGGAGUUCACAGCAUGUCAAUAGCUAUGUGCAAAACAAGCAGCAUGUGGUGCUUUAGAAAUAGGAUGAAACCAUUGGAAGAUUGGAUUAAUGGGCAUUAACGACUAUUAGUACAGUGUUGUAAUGAGUAUUUAACCCUCUGAUUGAUUUCCCUUGUUUCCAGGCACAUGUUAAACGUAACAUGGGAACACAACGACUUCUCGUUCAACCCUGAAGGGUACCUGAUCAACCCAGCCAUGGUCAUCAUCACCUUAGACCGGGAGAGACAGUGGGAUAAGGUGAGACAUUACACUUCAUUAUAUUCCUCCCAAUCAGUAAAACUAGGGUUGGUCUUUGUGUUAUCUGACUACAAGGUAAUAAGGCUAUAUAACCUGCUCAUUACGAAAGGAAAAACUCCAGAAAGUGUUAUUAACAACACAUUAAUUACUUAAUUACUUCCUCAUUCACCCUGUAUUUUCAUGAACUAUCCCUGACAGGUCUUGACUUGGGCAUAUUGUGCGCUGUUACAUUUCCUUUGCAUCACCUGUUACAAAAUGCAUGCUGUCCACCUAAUAGGCUAGCAUUGGGCUCUAACUGCCUCCUACCCAUCACAGUGUCCUAAUCGGCCACUAUACCUCUACAUACCACAGGCCUAGUGUGAUUACACGUCUGACUGGUCUCUCUAUAAACACCAGCUAUUCAAAUCAGCCAGCCUAGCGUUCCACUACCUCAGAGCCACCAGCUCUUAGCGAACAGAACGUUGUCUCACACUUCAUACCCUCUAUCUGUAAUCCCUUCUUCACCCCCCAUGACGAGUCAAUGUGAGAAAUUCUGCAGCCUCAAUUACCAGCAGGCUUUAUUGAAGGUAGAUAUUGUCAGGGGGUUCCCAGUAGGGAGUAGACACUGAAGGGAGGUGGAGGAUGGUUUUCUUCCUUAAAUGCAGUCAGUGGUUGAAUGGAGGUUGAUGUGUGUCAGAACAUGUUGGGCCAAACCUCAUCUCUGGGUAAACACCCCCGGGCCUUCUCCAGCUUAUUACGUGCUAUCGAUGUUCUCUCAAGUUUGGUUCCUAAUAAUUUCAGAUAUGUUAUUGAAAUUUAGGCCUAUGCCUCUGUAAUUGAAGGGUCUGACAGUGUACUGUACUGUAGGCUAUCAGAUGUGUGGUGGGUCAGAGAGAGAGAGGGUAGUAGUCUAUUGACAGCUUGAGCCAAUGGAAAGGUUGCAAUUAAAAAUACAACAGAAGAUGAAUGAGCAGUGUAGUGAAUCCACUUUGAGGUUGAGAUGUCAACAAGCUUACUGCUGGACGUGAUCAAUAAGACUCAUCAUUAGACUCCGUUACUGGAAAUAUCUGAGCUACUCAAAAAAGUUACCUGAAGUGAUUCUUCAAAAGAAUAACAAGAAAACAUGCUCAUUCAUUGCAGAUCAAUGAGGCAAACGUACACUGAGUGUACAAAACAUUAGGAACUCUUUCCAUGACAUAGACUGACCAGGUGAAUCCAGGUGAAAGCUAUUAUCCCUUUUCACUUCAAUCAGUGUAGAUGAAGGGGAGGAGACAGGUUAAAUAAUAAUUGUUUUGCCUUGAGACAAUUGAGACAUGGAUUGUGUAUGUGUGCCAUUUAGAGGGUGAAUGGGCAAGACAAAAUAUUUAUGUGCCUUUGAACGGGGUAUGGUAGUAGGUGCCAGGCGUACCGGUUUGAGUGUUUUCAAGAACUGUAACGCUGCUGGGUUUUUCAUGCUCAACAGUUUCCCAGAAUGAUCCUCCACCCAAAGGACAUCCAGCUAACUUGACACAACUGUGAGAAGCAUUGGAGUCAACAUGGGCCAGAAUCCCUAUGGAACGCUUUGGAAACCUUGUAGUGUCCAGCACUCCUUCAUUCUCCCCUUCGCUCAAUUCAUUUUUUAAUUUUCCUUUGUGUUCCACCUUAAACUGCACCUUGCUUUUACUCCUUAUCCUGGCAAAGAGAAGGAGGAGGAGAAGAAGAGGAGGAGAAGAAGAGGAGGAGAAGAAGAGGAUAAGUCUUUCUCUCUCCUUAGUUUUAGCCAGUCUGAGCCUUACAGUAUGUUUCUGGAUUUGACAACAGCUAAUGGGGAUCCUAAGAAAAUACAACAAAUACCAAAUCAUUAGGAACAUUGCUCACUCCAAGUAUUAUCCAAGCUCAGGCUAUAGGCAUUUGAGAUCUUGGCUCCCUCUCUCAUCUCCAAUAUGUUACAAAGGCAAACUGACAAGUCUGUUCUUUGACACAAACAAAGAGGUUUGGCUCUGUAAAGCCAGUAAAAAGAGUGAGGGGACACUCUUACUCUCUCUUUUCCUCUUAAAGCUGGUAAACUACGCAUCUUUUCACCAAGCGCUUAGAAUCAAUCUCUCCUUCUGAUUGCUUUUGUUAUUUCUACUAGAAGUCCCAGCCACUCAUCGCAUUGUGUUCAGUCAUCUCGGAAACAACCCCCCACAGCUCAGCUCUCACCCAUGAUAUUUCCUGGCACACUAAAGACUGAUGGCACACUCCUCUGCUCAUUUAUUAUCCAGGUAAAUCACCACAGUGCUCUUUCCAAAUGUAGUUGGGCUGACAGUUGAUGGUCAGCCAUUCUUUACAACAGACAAAAAUACUUAUCCUCCAGCUACAGUACUAUCCAGAUCCUCCACCCUCGAGCCUCUUCCCACCCAAAAAAAGUCAGCUUGGGAGAAGAGGAGAGAGAGAGCGAGAGAGAGCGAGAGCGAGACGGAAAUAGAGAGAGAGAGAGAGAGAGAGAGAGAGAGAGAGAGAGAGAGAGAGAGAGAGAGAGAGAGAGAGAGAGAGAGAGAGAGAGAGAGAGAAAACAUUGAGGAAGAGACAGGAAGUGAUAUAGAGAUGAGUGAGAAUGAAGCCCUGGAGGCUGGAGCCUGCUCCCGUCACAGCUCCUAUCCUGCUGGUUGAUAUACAGUGUUGGGGAAGCGACUGCUUCCUAGACGUACAUUUCCUCCAGUCCUCCUGAAAUUAUAGCGAGGUACACAGGAAGUUGAUUUCCAAACACUUCUGGGGUCAAAAUAUUUGUUCAAUAGGCUCCUCAUGAUAUAUGGUCUCGAAGUGACAUAGUCAAUUAAACUUUUUCUGUUUCCAGUCUACAAGGGAAUAAAGUUGUCACGGAUUCAGCAGAGGCUGCUCCUCCUCCUUGCGCGGGCAGGCUUCGGCGUUCGUCGUCCCCGGAGUACUAGCUGCUGCCGAUUGAUGGUUCGGUGUUUGUCUUGUUUAGUCUUUAUUGUUUACACCUGUUCCCCAUUAUGUUUGAUUGUAUUCCCUAUAUUUACCCCUGUCUCUCAUUUGGUAUUUUGUGUGUUAUUGUUUGUUGUCAUUUCCGGCAGUUCGUGUAUGUACGGGUCUUUGUGCUUUCCUCCCUGUUUUGGAGGUUUGUUGUUGUGUACGUUGAUUUUACUGUGUUCAGUAAAUAACGUUGCCAGCCGCUCUGUGUCCUGCUUUUGACUUCGCUACCGCAUACACGUCGCAUGACAAAAGUACUAGUUCACUCACAACUCAUAGAACACAAUCGGAAACUUUCUUCAAACAGAGCUUCAGGAUAUUAUAUUGUUUAUAACUAAAAUAAGUUGCUUAAAAACCUAUUAGGUCAAAGAGACCUGGUUGAGAUUACCUUCUAACAGUCAUUUCUAGAUAACAAGCAUUGGGUGUUUAGCAGGCUGCUUCAGUGUGGAGUUGUGUGUGAUAACGUGGCCCCGUGGGCAGUGUGGGGAGGAGCUUCAUUUCGCUAGCAGCAUGGCGGUGGAUUCUAAUGAGCCACAGGGCUGAGAUGCGUUUCAUCCCAGUGCAUUUUGAUGAGAUUUACCAUUGUGAUCCAUUGACAAGCCCAUAAACUGGGAGAAAGGAAAACAAGAGGAUUAAUCAAUAGUCUGGCAGGAGAGACAGGAAUAACUAUUUUGUUGUCCUUUGUGACAUUUACAUUUUAGUAGACACUCUUAUCCAGAGCGACUUACAGUUAGUGAGUGCAUAUAUUAUUUUAUUUUUUCAUACUGGUCCCCCGUGGGAAACGAACCCACAACCCUGGCGUUGCAAACACCAUGCUCUACCAACUGAGCUACACAGGACUACCUGACAAUAAUGACUGCAAUAAUCAGAUAACAUCAUCAUGGCUUCCAGUAUUAGUAUGAGAGAUUCUUAUGAAGCAAAGGCAUUUGUCAGUGGUACGGGUUGACCUCCUGUUUCUCCUAAAGGGUUAUGAUAAAACGUUUAGGACAGCCAAUCAUUUUCCAAAGUAAGCAGAAUUAUGCAGUCUUUGACUCUGCUGUAAAAUCAAAUAAGAGGUGAUGCAAAUUAAAUGACAAUUUCUCAUGUGUGAGGUCAGUUGCUUGUGAUCAUCGUGAUAUUAAAAUAUGUGAUUUAGAUUUUGCUCAGAUAUGUCAAAUAUUAUUAUUGUUAUUGUAAAGUUUUAAAUUUCAGUGCUCAUUUUAUUGCGUCUUAGAUGUCUCAGUGUUGGCCAAGCAUUAUUUUAGUGACCCCCUGACAUGAAUUAAAGAUGGCAGUGCAAUCCAUACAUUCUAAAAGGGUAUUGACCAGUCUUCUGCCUUUGUAGAGGUAGCUGAUUGAACACAAACAUGUUGUUAAAUGUUCUUAAUGUGAGCAAUGAAAUGGUUUUACCCUGCAGCCUUUUGCUGCUGAUGCUUGUGACAAUCCGCCAAUAUAUUGACAGAAACAUAAAAGUUGGUCAAUAUGGUCAAUGUGCAAACACAGUAACAAUGAAUACAAUUAUCAACACAGUUCACAAUCCAUUUUAAUGUGGCGCCGUAAUAAUUAGGAGGCAUAAAAAGCAAUCAAAACAAAAACAUUCUGGAGAGAAUACUUAUUUGUAGCGUUUGUCUCUUUGUUUAACCUUAAACAACUCUCAAUUAUGGAACUUCACUGAUUAAAGGCACAAUAUGUUUGCCAUUAAGAACGAUUAAAUCAUCAUCACUAUGUAAACGUUUACAACCUCAUCCUCAACGCAUAAAACCAUAGAGAACAAUAAUAGAAGUGUUACUUGCGUUGGGCUCUGUGAAAGCCACAGUUUAAUUACUGGGUGUGAUCACUUGUUUUCUGAGUCACUGCAAUGAAGCAGAGAAGUGCUGUUCAGCAUACUGAACUACUUCAUCACCACUGAGAUGGAGAACUGUGUUUGGUAAUGGAGGAAACAGCAGAUAAAGAGUUUGGUCCUCUGUGACCCGCUGAUCCUCACAGCUUGAGAACAGAUGUUCAGAGUGAGACUAGACAAACUUCUCUAACUUAGUACAAGGAGACAUCACAGGUGGUGCAACUCCUCAGUGUGUGCCUCAGGAUUGUUGAGGUCUAUUUCAAAUGGGAAAAGAUCUUGUCUUUCUGCAUCCUGAUAUAUAUUUGAUUGACUGCAUGUUUUCCUAGUGGAAAUGAGAGAAUCCAUCAUUUAGCAUUCACAACAGGAGAAUGUAUUACGUUUUUUUCGUCGUCUCUGUAAUAAAAUAUAAUAAAAUACACAGGAAAAUGGAUAACAAAACAUGCAGACCUGGAAAUAACAUUUCCUCCACUUAAUCUAUCUUGGCAUUUCCCACACGGCUGCAUUGAAAUCAGACACAAAUACUCUGAGGAGUAGUUUGAGAUGUGAUUGUAUUGCAGGUUUAAAUACCGAUAAGCUAAAGUAUGACUCAUGCCUGUUCUUUUCCCUUCUCUCUCUUGUCUUCCAGGUGGGGAACUAUGAGAUGGGGAUCCUGCAGAUGAGAUACCCGGUGUGGCCUCGCUACGGCACCUAUCUGGAGCCUGUAUCAGAUAACAGACACUUGACUGUGGCCACCCUGGAGGAACGUCCCUUUGUCAUAGUGGAGGCUGUCGACCCCAUGACUGGGACCUGUGUCAGCAACACUGUGCCCUGCCGCCGCCAGUCCAACAAGACAGAG